AUGGGAAUUUCUGGAUUACUUCCAUUUGUCAAAAAUGCGUGCAGAGCGGGUAAUAUUAUUGAAUUAAAAGGAAAAUCUGUAGCGGUUGAUGUGAGUUGCCUUCUUCAUCGAGGUCUCACUGGAUGUAUGGACAAAAUUCAUAUGGGCAAAGAUACCACAAGUUAUGUCUAUUACGUGGAGAAAUACAUCAAAGAGCUUUUAUCAUAUGAUUGUCAUAUUGUGAUGUGGAGAAAUGUCGACAUCGUCGUGGCGCCGUAUGAAGUGAUGAAGGCCGAACUAGUCGACGCCGUCAUCACGGAAGACUCGGAUUUGAUUGUUUUCGGCUGCGAAACCAUCUAUUUCAAAUGGCAAUCGGGAAGCGGCGAAUGCACUGUUUACGAGAAGAAGAACCUCCCAAAGUGUUUCACCGGUGAACUAGGCGGCGACAAGUUCGACUUUGUGAAAUUCCGGAGAAUCUGCAUCAUUUCCGGAUGCGACUACCUCCAAUCCGGUGUGUCAUGGACGACGUCAAAAAUGCCGCGAAGAAGCGCAAAAAUGCUCCAGACAUCGACUAUUCAGCAGAGGAAAUGUUGGCGAAGUUUGCGAAAAAAACCAAAAAUCGACGAACCUGAAGUCGACGAUGCGAUUUUCGGCAUGAGAUCCCAAUUUGGCCUUCCAUUCAUUUUUCAUAUUUCAGAAUUCACCACACAGCCAUCAUCUUCGCAACCUGAAAUGACUAAAAUUGACAAUUCAAUUGAGAAAGAGGAGCCGGCUCUGAAGUCAUCACCGAUUGCUCUAAGAAAGACAAAAUCAUCUCCAACGUCGUCAAACAUCAAAAAAUUCCAGUCACCCAUACUUACUACGAGAAAUUCCGAAUCAAUUGUGCCAUCAAAACCAAAAAUUGUCAGUCAAAGUCGAUUUUUCGCCACAAACACUGGAUCACCUAGUGUUUCAAAUCCUUUCCGAAAGCCGGCGUUUACUGAGGAAAUCGCGAAGAAAGAUUCUGAAGAGAAAACACCAAAAAUUCUGAGAUUUAAAAUAUUCAAUUGA